GCCAAAAUGGAUGGGGACGCAGUAUCGCCGUUCGUUGAAGGGAGUCGACCACAGCCAAAUACAUGUUUCGUCUACAUUCUGACGUCAUUUGCAACACUUGGUGGUCUUCUGUUCGGAUAUGACAUCGGGAUCGUGUCGGGGUCGAUGUUGCUGAUUCAACCGUAUUUCCAACUGUCGACACUGUGGCAGGAGCUGGUUGUCAGCGGUACAAUCAUUGCGGCGGUGGUGUUUGCUCUGGUGGCCGGCGUCAUGGCUGACUGGGUUGGGCGUAAAAAGACGAUAAUGUCUGCUAGCGUUGUCUUCGUGUUGGGGUCCGUGGUGAUGGGUGCGGCGUCGUCGAAGGAGAUGUUGCUGGCAGGAAGGAUUGUCGUAGGGGUUGGAGUCGGUCUGGCCUCUGUGGCUGUGCCGGUGUACGUGGCGGAAGCUGCCCCGAAACACAUCCGGGGACGUCUGGUGACCUUGAACCAGCUCUUCAUCACCAUCGGGAUCCUCAUCUCCUCCAUCAUCGCCGGCGCCUUCAGCGAACUCCAGGAGACGGGGUGGAGGUACAUGCUUGCUCUGGCGGGGAUCUUCGCCAUCUUCCAGUUUACUGGAUUCUUCUUUCUUCCGGAGAGUCCAAGAUGGCUGAUGAACAAAGGGCGUGGUGAUUUAGCACGUGCAGUUCUCACACGUAUCCGAGGUGGGGAAGACAUAUCGGUAGAACUAGCAGACAUCCGUUCAUCAGUGACUGACGCAAGCAGUACCACAAAAGGUGGUCGACCGGUGAUUCUCCGAGUGCUGUCAACCCCUCACGUGCGGAAGGCUCUGAUGAUUGGCGGGGGUCUGUCAGUCUUCCAGCAACUGUGUGGUAUAAACACCGUAAUAUACUACAGUGGUACGAUUCUCAAGAUGGCGGGGUUUCCGGUGAAGCACGCUAUCUGGUUGGUUGUUGUGCCCAACGUCGUCAACUUCCUGGCUACGUUCAUUGGCUUGUGGCUGGUGGAGAGGCUGGGCAGGCGACGACUUCUACUCAUCAGUGUGUUCGGUGUGAUUGUAUCGUUGGCGACGCUUGCGAUCGGCUUCCAACUGGCGUACGUUUACUCGCCUCGACUCAACCAUGGGGCUACAAACUCUACAUUGACAACAUUCAGCGACACCAACAUUACCACACAGCACCUCUGCCUGCAACCGUUCAGGACAUGUGAAGAGUGCAUCCAUCACAUGGAGUGUGGCUUCUGCCAGAGCGGCACCAAGGAAGCGACCUGUCUCCCGGCCAGAGAUGAAACAGCCUCACUGAUUGGUCCGUGUAAUUCAACCAGCGCAGGGGUGUCAGAAUUCACGUGGGCUUAUGGCUACUGUCCAAAUGACUACACGUGGAUAUCGGUUGUCGGCAUGACCAUGUUUGUCCUUGCAUUUGCACCGGGCCUGGGACCAAUGCCUUGGACUGUCAACUCGGAGAUAUACCCACUGUGGGCGAGAAGCACGUGCAACUCGGUCACCACAGCCACUGUGUGGAUAUGUAAUUUCAUCGUGUCUAUGACAUUCCUCACCUUCACAGAACUCAUCACCAAGCAUGAGAUGCCUCGGAUGAUCCCAGACAUGUUCAAGGAGGUUCUGGCGAAGCGCUGGCCAAGGCAGAACGUUCACGUUAACGCUGUUCGGGGUAUUCUCGAACAAUUCUGGCGGUGCACAUUCUGGAUGUUCAGCGGUGUCUCUGUGCUUGGCCUCAUCUUUAUCUACAUCUUCCUCCCAGAGACGAAGGACAAGACCCUGGAGGAGGUGGAGGAGCUGUUCAUGUCGCCGCAAAAGAAAAUGAGGGAAGAAAGUGAUAACGCUGUCGGAGACGAUCAUGGACGAGAGGGGAGUGAGGCAGGGCGGGUUGCUAACUCCAAGUUUGUUUACGUGGUAUCGCUAUUCGCUACGCUCGGCGGCUUUCUUUUCGGCUAUGACACAGGGAUCGUUUCCGGGUCUAUGCUCCUAAUUAGGCCAUAUUUCAAGUUGGAUACAAUAUGGACGGAGGUGAUAGUAAGUGGGACGGUUGCCUCGGCGGCCGUCUUUUCGUUAUGUGGAGGAUACCUGGCAGAUUAUAUUGGAAGAAGGCGAGCUAUCAUGGCGGCCAGUGUCGUGUUCACUGUCGGCGCUGUGGUCAUGGGUGUUGCUCCUGAUAAGGAGCUACUUCUGGUUGGGAGAAUCAUCAUAGGAAUCGGGAUAGGGUUUGCAUCGGUGACAGUCCCCGUGUACGUGGCGGAAGUGGCCCCCAGGAACACCCGGGGGAUGCUGGUGACCUUGAACCAGCUCUUCAUCACCAUCGGCAUCCUCAUCUCCUCCAUCAUCGCCGGCGCCUUCAGCCACCUUCCUGACACGGGGUGGAGGUACAUGCUGGGGCUGGCUGCUGUCCCCGGUAUUGUACAGUUUGUGGGGUUCCUCUUCCUCCCCGAGAGUCCCCGAUGGAUGCUCGAUUCAGGGAACGAGGGAAAGGCUCGUGAAAUCCUCGUGCAGAUUCGCGGAACGUUGGAUGUCGAGGAGGAAAUGACGGCCAUUAAACAGAAACUGGAGGAAUCCAGGAAAGCCUCUUCAAUCAACAACGGGUGUACCCUGAGCCAGGUGCUCACCACCCCCCACGUCAGGCGGAGUCUGUUUGUCGGUGCCGGGCUCCAGUUCUUCCAGCAAGUCUGCGGCAUCAAUACCGUUAUAUACUACAGUGCGACCAUCAUGGUGAUGGCGGGGUUUCCUGUGCGAUAUGCCAUCUGGCUAGUUGUGGCACCCAACGCUGUCAACUUCCUCGCCACCUUCAUCGGCAUGUACCUCAUCGACAAGCUGGGCAGGAAGGUGUUGCUUCUAUGCAGCUUCGUGGGUGUGUUCAUCUCUCUUGGUGUCCUGGCUACCGGCUUUCAACUCGCCGCCAUUAAUUCUCCAUCAAUCAACGUCACGGAGACAUUCAACAAUGAGACCUAUACCGGCGCUUGUAACAAACUGUACAGCAACUGCGAUCAGUGCACCACGAACACCGACUGCGGCUUCUGCUAUGACGUCUCUACAGAUGGUUCCUGUCUUCCUGUUGAUUCUAACGACAAUGGUCGCUCAUUGGUUGGUCGGUGUAAUGCAAGUGACCAAUCAGUGUCCAGCUUCACGUUCGCCUACGGAUAUUGUCCUAACAACUAUUCAUGGAUGCCUGUCCUUGGGAUGGUGCUCUUUGUGUUCUCAUUUGCACCAGGUCUUGGACCAAUACCAUGGACCGUGAACGCGGAGAUAUAUCCCCUGUGGGCACGUGGCACGUGCACGGCCAUUGCAGGAGCCACAAACUGGUCAUUCAAUCUGCUCAUCUCCCUCACGUUCUUGACCCUCACAGAGGCCAUUACAAAGUAUGGAACGUUCUGGCUGUAUGGAGGCAUGUGCGUGGUAGGCUUUAUCUUCGUGGUCAUAUUCCUCCCAGAGACUAAAGACAAAAGUCUUGAAGAAGUGGAACAGCUGUUUAUGACUUCCGGGUCCCGUGAGGAGAGGAUUCACUUUUUGCACGCAGACCAACUGAGCAAGCAAUACAUGACAGGAGACAAGGAAACAGCGUUAGGGUCAGAUGCUUGACACAACUGUUAACUUUAGUGCCCAACUCAUUACGUAUAUGUCUGUGAUAGGAAAUGGUGUGACCAUAUAUUUUACAGAUGUCUAUUUCUAUAUCAGUGUAUAUAUGUAUAUAGCAUUGUUGUUGCAUUUACAAUGCCAAAGAGAACUGUUUCAGGGUAUCGAUGGAGAAAGGCUGUGCUCCCACUGUGAUCCCUGUUUUAUGAAGGGGUCACACCUUGAGCAUCCCUGGCUCAGAAACGAAUGCAAUAUUUGAUACCGGGACCAUCAUCGUGACGAAACCAGUGCGUUCCGGAGUCGAAUCAACUCCAAUUAGAGUUUAGCGAAUAAUUGGUUGAAAACAAAACACAUGUCUGAACAGAUAUUUUUUUGAAGUAAUUUCUUAUAGGAUGUUAAUAGGUAACGUAUGUUGACAAUUAAACAUAACAUUUAUUAUAAUUAUAAUGAUUAUAAUGACUAACUUCUUUGAGUAAUCACUAAUUCCAGUCCUAGUGAUCCUCGUGUCCACACGUUUUCUAAAUCAGCCUCCAUUUGACAAAUUACUUUCAGUAAUGUAGACAACAUUGAAAGUGGUAUGUGUUUGUUAAAGCUCUCUCUCGCAUAGUUACCAUAACUUCGACAACAGCUGGAGCAGACUGAUACAGCUAUGUAUAUCAGUGCUUACAAUCCUAACGGUAAACAGUAUAGCUGGGUGUCAUGGAAAAUUCCAUUCACAUGUUGGCACUGCAAGCCGACGCUCUGGCCAAUCACUUGGCUAAUUACUGUUUGAAAGAAUCCAUGUUUAUGUACAGUGAUGUUGAAUGUUCGAGCUGAUAUCAAAAGCUGAUGUCAAAUCAUGAUUAUUGCUAGAGAAUGUUGCGAUAGUUAAUGCUUGUGACAAUAUUUCACUGUAUGUAAAUUAUGUUAGGCUAAAAUCGUUUUGAUACAAACGUCUCAGCCGUUCGUCAUUGAGACAUUUUAUCCCCACAGCCUUCACGGUGGACACCCCACUCUCACCUCACCCACCACGGUUCUAUCCCCACAGCAUUCACGGUAGACACCCCACUCUCACCUCGUCCACCACGGUUCUAUCCCCACCGCCUUCACGGUAGACUCUCCACUCUCACCUCACCCACCACGGUUCUAUCCCCACAGCCUUCACGGUAGACACCCCACUCUCACCUCGUCCACCACGGUUCUAUCCCCACAGCCUUCACUGUAGACACCCCACUCUCACCUCGUCCACCACGGUUCUAUCCCCACAGCCUUCACGGUGGACACCCCACUCUCAUCUCUCCCACCGCGGUUCUAUCCCCACAGCCUUCACGGUAGACUCUCCACUCUCAUCUCGUCCACCACGGUUCUAUCCCCACAGCCUUCACGGUGGACACACCACUCUCCCCUCACCCACCACGAUUCUGUUUCCCGUAGAAGUCACACCACACUCACAAACCGCGUCAACCAUGCCUCUAUUCCCGACAGUGUUCACGGUGGUCACGUCACUCACCUCGUCUCCCAUUGGUUCUCUUCCCCUACACAGGUCUUGGUGGGCACCUCACUCACUCAUUGAACAGGUCACUUAUGUAUUCAUGUAUAUUGUUUUUAUCAGGGUACCACGUCAUCCCGUCGCUAGAAUCGGGUAGAUAUUGUCGAUGCUGAUACGCUCACGUUGUCCAUCUCAUGUUUUGACAUAUAUCAUGUUUGGCCAUGGGGUAAUAGCAAAUAUCAAGUAUCAUAUAAAUGUGUAUGUCUGUCAAAGGUGGUCCUGGUUGCUGCUGCUGUGAAUUGUCAUCAUUACACUUUAACCUUCAAGUACAACUUUAAUAACCUUGUUAAAUACAACACGGUUGAACCUAUCCAGCAAGCCCAUAUCAUCCACUAAAGCAGCAUUCUUGAUCAUCCAUUUGGACACGACAACUGCUGAUCCCCAACUUUAAGGAAGCGGAACUCUUAUAUGUUCUCGUUACCUGCAAGGUUUCAUUGGUCCUGGGUUCAGCUUGAUCUGUACCAUUGGAUUGUCACACUACGGACGUACUCAUGGUGGUACUAACUUGACCUUUGCUUAGUUUAAACUGACACUGCAGCAUACUGUUGAACACUCACUAACUCUAAGAGACUCACAACCAGCGGAAUCAUUGACAUUGUCACUUGGUCAAACCUUGAAUAAAGUGUAUGAAAACAUCAA